UGGGGUCACAAAAGAGUCAGACAUGACUGAGCAACUAAACCACCACUACCACCUCCUCCAGGCUGAAACCAGUGUCCACUACCUUUCAUCACUAAUGGUACCUGCUGGGCCCCUGAAGUCACCUGCAGAUUUCUCCCUGUAAGAACGCUUUACCGCCUGAGCUACUGGAGAAGCCUCAGGUCUCUCUCUCCCUGGAUGGGGAUCUUCUGUCCCCCGGAUGCUUCAGGAGCACCUUUCCUCCUCCCUCGCCCUGUUGAUGUUGACGUGUACAGUAUUUCAGGGCCCAAGACUGGGCCUGAAGUCUUUCUGCCUGUAAGUCGUACGUUGCCAUCAUCAUGAAGAAAUACCAGGCCACAGGCUAAGGAGCAGGCAAGGACCUGUUCUUCCCUUCCCAGAUAAUACACUCCCACAUCAGCAAUAACCUUCCGGGAAUCAUGCCCAUGACUUUCCUUCUUUCUAUUCCAUUAGUGACUUUCAAAGUGGAUGUUUCAGCCAGAUAAAGGAAGCAGACUGCACUUAUCAGACCUCCUGCAGGGAAAGAAUGAGCAAUGGAAAAAGGAAAUUGAGAGCUUUGGGGGAGUUUAUAGCAGAGGAGUCGUUGAGUUUGAAAUCGGAGCUGGGAAUCCAUAUGUUUGGGAGGAAAGAAAAGAAAAAGACCAGCCACACGCACAGAGCUUCAAGGGUCUGUGCGGAAACGGUUGUGGCAGAGGUGGCGGGGAACCCCACGUGGGCUUUAUCAGACCCAGAUGUUCAGGCAACAGUCCUCAGGAUGCCCAUGAAAGGGGCUGGAGCCAGAGCCUGCUGAGCCAGACCCAGUGUUUUCUUAACUACCGAGGAACACAUGAAAUCGGAACACGUGAAAUCGGUGGCUGGGAGCCUUCCCCACUGGCACUCUUAGCCCUGAGACCCUGCCACCGCCUGUGCCACAGCAGUUACACACAGGCUGGGCCGCCUCCGGGCGAGACAGAUGUGGACGGGAGAGGCUCAUCUUGUCCCCAUCCUUGCCUGUCAGUCCCGGUCAGGCAAGGGCUGCCAACCUGCCUCUGCUACCUUCCACCCCAGACUAACCUUGGAAUACAAGAGUUGGAAAGCCUGGGUUCGAUUCUACCUUGUGUAAGUGACUUAGCCUCUUUGAGUCUCAGUUUUACCAUCUUUAAAAUGGGGAAAAAAUCAUUUGUCAGGGGCACACAAGAUAUGCGUCAAGGGAUCUGCAAAGAAUAAACCAUAAAACAUAUUUUUUAAAAAAUUAUUCAUUAUACUUUAUAAUAUCACUAUGGAAAAUUUCAAAUGUAUGCUCAUGUAGACAGAAUAAACCCUCACACACCGGUAACCUUGCUUCCACAAUGACCAACUAAUGCUCAAUCUUAUUUCAUCUAUAGUUCUACCUCCUCUCCCCAUCCCCCUGUUAUUUUGUAGCAUAUCUCAGAUAGCUUGUUAUUUGAUCCCAUUAUCCAAAUUACAUGGCUGACUUGCUCCCUCAACCAACUGAAAUGUACCCUAUUCUCAGAUAUCCCUUGUUGCACCUUUUUCCUCUUUUAGCCCCACCGUAUACCUAGUACCCUAAACCCCUCUUCAAGCCAUUAUUCCUAUGAAACUGUCAGCUUAGAUUUUAAGCCCUGGGUUUUACCAGACUCAGGGAUCUGCAGAGAAAGGAGUAGAACUCUAGGGGAUUCCCUGUCAGUCCAGUGUUUAGGACUCCAUGCUUCUACAGUUGAGGGUAGGGGAGAGGGCUGGAGAAAGAGUUCAAUCCACUAUGGGCAAUGACUUAAUCCGUCAUGCCUAUGUGGUGAGGCCUCCAUA